CCCCACUGGGGAGCUACGCGAGAGAUAGUCACAGACAGCGUCUUCAAGAUCAUUGACAGCUUUCACAUUGUCCGAUUACACUACGAUAUCGACACUAUUUUCUCGGAUGGCAUAGACGCACAGGGUGCUACCAUCUGGAUACGCGAAAAAGACUGGCUAGAACGGAACUAUGCUUACGGGCCGCUGGUACACUACGGAAUGUAUGUGGCCCGGAAUUGCAAUGACGAGUCCAAAACCGAGCAGUUCUUCGUCGGGGGGUUCAAGAGCUUGGGCGAAGCUAACCACGCGAUGAAGACGUCAGCACAGGCCCACUUGCAGACGCAUAGUGGAGCGGCACUCCUGGAGAGGUGUGUCGAGUUGGUGAAUGUGGAGGGCGAGGUUAGACAGAGGUAUGUUAUCGAGAAGGGAAGGUGGCAAGCAGGGGGCUUCGUUAAGGAAGAGGAUUGG